AUGAGGGGAGCAUACAUUAGUAGGCGCCAGGGCUCGGUCUUCCCAGAGAUCACAUCUGCAAUUGGUGGUUUCGACACACCUCGCAGUUCAACCACAAACUCGCUGGCCUCGAGCACGGAAAGCAACGACGGUACAACAUCAUCUCCGCAGCCAUCGGAUGGCAAUGUGCCGACAGCGGCGCCACAGGACAACGGCAGCGGUAGUUCAGGGCUCGGAGGCGGCGCAAUCGCUGGCAUAGCUAUUGCAGCAGUCCUCGUUAUCGCGCUCAUCGGUGGAUGGUUCUUCUGGCGGCGAAGAAAACGCACGAGAGGGAAGGUCACGAGCACUGAGAUUAGUGCGCACGUCGCAGGAGACGGGGGCGGAGAUGGAGGCAUACCAGAGCUUGACACAAAGGAGCGCCCACAAGAGAUGCCAGGAAGUCGACAGGUACAAUCGCAAGAGCUGGAUCCUACACAGUACACCAAAUACGCUAUGAAUGGAUCUCAUGAGCUGAAAACCGAGCCUGAGCCAGCUGAGCUAUUGAACGGUCCCGACGAAUACACUGCGCCAGCGCCUUAUCACGCUCCGCAACGAUCUGCUGCUGAGAUGACGGAUAUGACUGAGGCAACGAGUAACCCACUUUCAUCCAAUGUCGAAGCGCAACGGAGAAGAGAAAUGGAGUGGCUAGAGAUGGAGGAGGAAAGGAUGCGGAAGCGGCGAGAGUUGCUUGCGGCGCAGGGAGGUGCAACGCCUUGA